CACGGCACGGCACCUCACCGCUCUCGCGUGCUCGCCGCGGCGGCCGCCGUGCUCGUGUCGUGUCACAGCCAGCAGCUCGCUCCGACGACCUCCGAUCCGUGCCGCCUACGAAACCACCACCCGUCCGGAUCCUCCAGGAUAUAUACCAGCCAGCUAGUCAUCCCCUUGCUGGCUGCUGCCUUUUCCAAAUCCACUCACAUUUUCCACAUCCACCGUCGAUUUAACACAGUCCCCCGCCGCCGCCGCCCGCCCGUCCGUCCCCUCCUAAACCCCGCGACGACCCUGAGCGAGCCCGAGCCGAGUCCCCGGCGACCAACCACCAUGGCCUUCACCGCUAAACCCUACUGCUCAACCCCCACCAAACCCCCCACCCUCUCCGCCCGCGCCCCGCGCUCCGCCCAUGGCCUAUCCGCCGCCGCCGCCGCAACCCCGAGCACCGUCCGCCUCCGCGCGUUCGCCCAGCGCAUCCGGGCGCAGUCGCAGCAACAGCAACAGCGGCGGCGGCGGCCCGAGUACGUGCCGCACCGCAUCGACGACCCAAACUACGUGCGCAUCUUCGACACCACGCUCCGCGACGGGGAGCAGUCCCCGGGAGCCACCAUGACGAGCGCCGAGAAGCUGGUGGUCGCGCGGCAGCUGGCCCGGCUCGGCGUCGACAUCAUCGAGGCGGGGUUCCCGGCGUCCUCCCCCGACGACCUCGACGCCGUGCGCUCCAUCGCCAUCGAGGUCGGCAACCCGGUGGAGGAAGGCGCCCACGUGCCCGUCAUCUGCGGCCUCUCGCGGUGCAACAAGAGGGAUAUUGAUGCCGCCUGGGAGGCCGUCAGGAACGCGCGCAGGCCCCGGAUUCAUACCUUCAUCGCCACCAGCGAGAUCCAUAUGCAGCAUAAGCUUAGGAAGACGCCUGAGCAGGUCGUUGCUAUUGCUAAGGAGAUGGUGGCGUAUGCACGCAGCCUUGGGUGCCCUGAUGUCGAAUUCAGCCCUGAGGAUGCCGGCAGGUCAAAUCGAGAAUUCCUGUAUCAUAUACUGGAGGAAGUCAUUAAAGCUGGGGCAACUACUCUUAAUAUCCCAGACACUGUCGGAUACACUCUUCCUUAUGAAUUUGGGAAGUUGAUUGCUGACAUAAAGGCAAACACUCCUGGAAUUGAAAAUGCUAUCAUUUCCACUCAUUGCCAGAAUGACCUUGGUCUUGCAACUGCCAACACAUUAGCGGGCGCUCGUGCAGGAGCACGACAGUUAGAGGUGACUAUUAAUGGUAUUGGUGAAAGAGCUGGAAAUGCUUCGUUGGAAGAGGUUGUCAUGGCAAUUAAAUGUCGUGGGGAGCUCUUAGAUGGUCUAUAUACGGGAAUCAAUUCCCAACAUAUUACUUUGACAAGCAAAAUGGUACAAGAGCACAGUGGACUUCAUGUACAACCACAUAAAGCUAUUGUUGGUGCCAAUGCCUUUGCUCAUGAAAGUGGAAUUCAUCAGGAUGGGAUGCUUAAGUACAAGGGAACAUAUGAAAUAAUAUCGCCUGAUGAUAUUGGUUUAACACGUGCGAAUGAAUUUGGUAUUGUUCUUGGGAAACUCAGCGGAAGACAUGCAGUGAGAUCUAAGCUAGUGGAGCUUGGAUAUGAAAUCAGUGACAAGGAAUUUGAAGAUUUCUUUAAACGCUACAAAGAGGUUGCAGAGAAGAAAAAGCGUGUAACUGAUGAAGACAUAGAAGCGUUAUUGUCAGAUGAGAUAUUCCAGCCUAAGGUUAUUUGGUCCCUUGCUGAUGUACAGGCAACAUGUGGAACACUUGGCUUAUCUACAGCAACAGUGAAACUGAUAGCACCAGAUGGAGAGGAGAAAAUAGGAUGUUCAGUUGGAACAGGUCCAGUUGAUGCAGCUUACAAGGCUGUUGACCAAAUAAUCCAGAUUCCAACUGUUCUCCGAGAAUAUGGUAUGACUUCAGUCACAGAGGGCAUUGACGCUAUCGCGACAACUCGAGUGGUUGUCACUGGAGAUGUGACCAACAACUCCAAGCAUGCCUUGACUGGUCAAUCUUUCAACCGCUCCUUCAGUGGGAGCGGGGCAGCUAUGGACAUCGUUGUGUCCAGCGUCAGAGCUUACCUGAGUGCCCUGAACAAGAUGUGCAGCUUUGCUGGUGCUGCGAAAGCCAGCAGCGAGGUACCUGAGAGCGCAAGCGUUCAACGCACAGAGUGAGCUUGGCGCUCCUCUUUGUUCCCAUGUGGGCUUGGCGACGUAAGAGCUUGAGCAACUGUUAUAGAGUGUAUGUCGUUUCAGUAACAGGCUGUUCAAUAUUGGGGUUUUCCCUUGUCAGUGUGGAGUGAUUGUGCUGUUCUAUUUUGGAGGAUAGUCCCUUUAGCUUAGAACAUGCAGGAAAUUUUGGCCCUAUGUAGUGUACAAUUUGUGCCUUAUAUGAACCAUACUUUCAAUAAUGAAAUAAUAUUAGGGUCCAUCCAGCCACCCAUA